UGGCAGGCGGCAGAGGAUGACGCUGAGGACAUGCUGCUGUCGUCGGACAAGACGGGGACGUGUCUGGCUGCUCGGUAACCUCGGUCGGUUCCCAAGAAACGAAGCAGCUGCCUCACUAGUAUUCGUACCACGAGGCGACGCAGCGGGCCCUCGGAAAGAGCGAGCGUCGGGGCCAUGGCUUAUCACUCGGGCUACGGAGCCCACGGCUCCAAGCACAGGGCCCGGGCAGCUCCGGAUCCCCCUCCUCUCUUCGAUGACACAAGCGGUGGUUACUCCAGCCAGCCGGGGGGAUACCCAGCCCCAGGAGCCGACGUGGCCUUCAAUGUCAACCACUUGAUUGGGGACCCAGUGGCCAACAUGGCUAUGGCCUAUGGCGGCUCCAUCGCAUCCCAUGGGAAGGACAUGGUGCACAAGGAGCUGCACCGUUUUGUGUCUGUGAACAAACUCAAGUAUUUUUUCGCUGUGGACACAGCCUAUGUGGCCAAGAAGCUAGGGCUACUGGUCUUCCCCUACACACACCAGAACUGGGAAGUACAGUACAGUCGUGACGUGCCUUUGCCCCCGCGGCAAGACCUCAACGCCCCCGACCUGUAUAUCCCCACAAUGGCCUUCAUCACCUACGUGCUGCUGGCUGGGAUGGCGCUGGGCAUUCAGAAAAGGUUCUCCCCAGAGGUGCUGGGCCUGUGUGCAAGCGCGGCACUGGUGUGGGUUGUGAUGGAGGUGCUAGCUCUGCUCCUGGGCUUCUACCUGGCCACCGUGCGCAGCGACCUGAGCACCUUCCACCUGCUGGCCUACAGCGGCUACAAAUAUGUGGGGAUGAUCCUCAGUGUUCUCACGGGCCUGCUCUUUGGCAGCGAUGGCUACUACGUGGCGCUGGCCUGGACUUCAUCUGCGCUGAUGUACUUCAUCCUUCAGCUCUCUCCUUUAUUCCAGGCGCGCUCUUUGCAAACAGCAGCCCUGGGCCCCGACAGCGUUGGGGGCCCGGCCCCCCGGCAACGUCUCCAGCUCUACCUGACUCUGGGAGCUGCAGCCUUUCAGCCCCUCAUGAUAUACUGGCUGACCUUCCACCUGGUCCGGUGACCCCCGGUCCCCACUGGCACUGGUUUUUCCAUACAUUGAAGAUUUGGUUUCCUUGA